AUGGCGUGUGAUAUAGAAAAAAUUGAAGAUAACGAAAAAGAAAAACCAAAUAUAGUUAUCCAACUAAAUACUUUAGGACUCGAUGAAUUAGUCUCAUUAACUUUAAAAUUGGAAGAGGAAUGGAAAUUGAUAAAAAAAAAUUAUACCAUUUUAGAAGGGGCUAUAGUAACUUAUGAUAAAUGCAAAAAUUCAGUAAAACAAUUAAACCCUUCAAAAUAUAAAAGCAAAAAUUAUAAUCCAUUUAUGAAUGAAUUAGAAAAAUCAGAUUUAAUAAAAUUGACUAAUGAAAAUACAACCAUUGAUAAUAAAACUGAGCAGACAGAAAAAACUGAACAGACAGAAAAAAAAAGCGAGUCUCUGGAUAUUCAUAUCCCAUUGACAUCUUUAGUAUACAUACCAGGAAAAAUUGUUGAUACGGAAAACUUUCUAGUACACAUGGGUACAAAUUAUUAUGUUCAAAGAAAUUCUGACCAAACAAUAGAAUAUUUUGAUAAUAAAAUAAAAAAAUUAAAUGAAAAAAUUAAAAAAAUCAAAGUUACAUUGAUAGAAAAAAGAAAUGAAAUAGAAUUAUGUAAGCAUUAUAUUCAGAUUAAAAGAGGACAACAAAUGAAUGAGGCAAAUCAAAACCCCCAAACCGCAUCAGUACGAAGUACAGCUUAG